GGGAAUCACAGCCUGUAGGGCUUGACGGGUUGGAGGUGGGAUAACGGAGUUAAUCUCCUUGCUUUCCAGCGAUUGUCGCUGAUGUUUUUGCGCCGUGACUCUCUCCUGAGACAUGGACGCCACGAUGUUUCAGCUGAGGUCGUUCGUUCACCAGCGGCUGUACGCGGCGGCAGAGGAGAUCCUCGGAGAGGUGGAGAAAACCAUAACGUUAGCGCUGUACGAAGCCGAAGUUAGUCGAUCUAAAGAGGAGGUCGAAAGUCUGCGACACCAGCUGGGCCUUCUGCGAAAGAACUCAGUUGCAGAGCUUCCACUCACCAGCAGCACUGCAGAACAUGGAGACCAAUGUGACACCCUCCCGCUGCAGGAAAACCAAGGAUCCUCAACACCAGAGGAGUCUAAUUUCAGUCUUAGUGCAGAGUGUCCAGGGCCCUCACAAACCAGCACGGGCCUGGACAAUAAUAACUGGAACUACUGCUUGGUUGAGACAGACUUCAAGAUGUCUAAGAUAAAAGAGGAGCAGGAGGAACUCGAGGACGAGAGUCAAACACAGGAGAUUGUUUUUCCAUCUCCUGAAAUUGUGAAAAGUGAGCAAGAUCAGCCAGAGACUCAAGUAUCAUAUGAGAUGGAGCCAGUUUCUUCAGACUGCUCUGCAGCUCAGAGCGAGAACAAUGACAGUGAUGAGGACUUGGUGAACAGCAAAGGAGAACGGACCAAAAUUAUGAAAAGGAAAGGAAAGGUAUUGGAAGGGCAAAGUGGCAAUGAUGACAAGAAGGACCAAGCAGUAUUGCCUUGUGAGAAUCGUUCUGCUAAAGGUCAAAAGGACCGCAGUUUUUGCCAUUUAUGUGGCAAGGGAUUUCAGUACAUUGGCUCCUUGAUGAAGCACAUAAAAACACAUGAGAGCAAAACUGAUUGCACUGUUUGUGGGAUGACACUCCAGUCUACAAAAGAGUUGAUAACUCAUUUGAAGGGCUGUCACAACAAAACAUAUUUUUGUGACAUCUGUGGCAAGACGUUUGCCAGUAAUCGUUGUCUCCGGCUGCAUGAAAGAAUACACACAGGUAUAAAAGAGUUUGCGUGUCAAGAAUGUGGCAAAACAUUUUACCGUAGAGAGCACCUCAUUGUCCAUGUGAGGACCCAUUCUGGGGAGAAACCGUAUCACUGUGACAUCUGUGGGAAAGCAUUCAGUCAGAGCCAGAACCUCACAAUCCAUAAAAGAAGUCAUUCAGGGGAGAGACCCUAUCAUUGUGGCCUGUGCGGCAAACUUUUUAACACAAGCAGUCACCUCAAAACACACAUGAGAUACCAUUCGGGAGAAAAACCCUACCCGUGUGAUAUUUGUGGUAAACGUUUUCGCCAAAGUGGACAGAUGACAAGACAUAGGACCACACACACAGGAGAGAGACCAUAUGCCUGUCACAUUUGUGGCAUGAGGUACAGGUUUGCACCUAAUCUUAAAGUGCACCUGCAAACUCAUGAAAAGGCAGCCGCUGAGUGAAAGCAGUUUAUCUGGAAAUCACAUAUACUUACAUUACUGCCAGUUGUUUCCAGAAGCAUACCACAAGUUGUUAAACGUACUGUGACGGUUGAGAUAAGUCAUCUCACCGUGAGCUUUUUCAAUCUGCAGAUUGAACCACAAAAUUGAAGUUUUCCCACCUUAAAGACCCUUCACACUCACACAGAUGUUCUCAAUCAGUGUGGCUGAAAUUCCCCAAAUCCCUGACUCAGAAUGACAAGUCAAGAGCUGAUGCGAGUGUUUUUCCUCACUCGGCCGCUCACAAGUACGGUUUAAAUGAUACAGCGUGAACGUGGCCUUACAGCUUUAAUUGGAAAAUGAGAGGUGUCAGCACAGCUCUGAGUCUAAUCAGGCUCUUAAACCACUUUUACACUACAUUCAUUCAUUUUUCUCGGUUGCCAAAUGGCCUGUCCACUCGUAUUAUUACAUCUUCAGGCUGAAUGUGGCAGAGAUGAAUCUUUGUUGCGGUGAUAAUUUAACAACAGAAUUCAGACAGACAUUUUUACUGUGUAUCAUGAUGAUCAGCCAAGUUAUUUCUACACCUGUCAUUUACAUACAUUUAUCUAAAACCAAAUUAGCAAAGGAAUUGUCUGCAUGUAAUGAUGGUGUUAAAUUUAGGUAAUUUCAUCCAGGCAGUAGAUUGUGUCUGCUAAGGAAGUCUUUUUUUUUUUUCAAACAGACACAUCUAUAACAAUGUGAAUGUCCUGUUGUGAAGUUUUUUUGUAAGUUAGUUUCAUUUUGAAGAACAAUUGAAAGAGCUACAAUAAAAAAAAUCACACAGUCUAAAUAUGUUUACAAAUCCCUUUAGGUUUCUGUUCCAUAUGAUUUAGUUUGCUGAAAUAUGUUGGCACACAAAUUGGUUAACUUUUGGUUAACCACAGGUAAAACCAGUUUCACUUUGUUGAUCGUAGUUCAUGGCAGCACCUCUAGCUG